CCGGAAGCGUCUCCGGUGAGAGGAAGGUGGUGGCCUCAGCACUAUGGGCCGCAACAAGAAGAAGCGAGAUGGUGACGACCGGCGGCCCAGGCUAGUUCUCACCUUCGACGAGGAGAAGAGGCGGGAGUACCUGACAGGCUUCCACAAGCGGAAGGUCCAGCGGAAGAAGGCAGCCAUUGAGGAGAUUAAGCAGCGGCUGAAAGAGGAGCAGAGGAAGCUGCAGGAGGAGCGCCACCAGGAAUACUUGAAGAUGCUGGCAGAGAGAGAAGAGGCGCUGGAGGAGGCAGAUGAGCUGGACCGGCUGGUGACAGCAAAGACGGAGUCGGUGCAGUACGACCACCCCAACCACACAGUCACUGUGACCACCAUCAGUGACCUGGACCUCUCCGGGGCUCAGCUGCUCGGGCUGACCCCACCUGAGGGAGGGGCUGGAGACAGGUCAGAGGAGGAGGCAUCAUCCAUGCCCACCAAAGCCUUGCCCAGGAAGUCCAGAGACCCCCUGCUCUCUCAGCGGAUCUCCUCCCUCACAGCAGCACUGCAUGCACACAGCCGCAAAAAGGUCAAGAGGAAACAUCCCCGCAGGGCCUAGGACUCCAAGAAGACCCCAAGGGCCGCUCGCACCAGCAAGGCCCAGCGUCGCCAUCUGACAGGCAAAGCACAGCACAGCGGGGAGUGAGGCUGAGAACCAAGCUGUGCCCCAGCCUAGGCUGCAGGGACCUGGCCUUUGUCAUCUUGCUGUCCCUGUCGCCCAGCCUGCACCAAGGUGAUGACUGCACAGCUCAGAGUUGGGAAGCCAGGACCUCUCUGGCCUGGGGCCGGCUGCCUUUGCCUGGGGUUUGAA